AUGCCCCAACACCGAAAACAAGAUUCCAAAUCAUCAACGACGCUUCCAAGUGGAUUUUCGGGCUUUGCAGCCUUUUCAAACACAAACAAUAAUUCAAAAACAACAUCUUCAAACUGGAAUAAAGUUGUAGAGAGUCAAUGGAAUGCUCCACAGAAAUUUAUUAACGAAGUUUCAACUGUAAUGGAAAGGUCAUCAUCGGGAAGUGAUCCAUUCGAUAAAUACAAAACAAAAUCAAUAUCAGAGCGAGAAAAUGAUUACACUUCAAGAUGGAGAAACGUGCAGCUAUCCCCUGAGAGAGUGGAUCCUUUUGCAAAACAAAUUUCGGAACAAGACAAGAAAACAAAAAGGACCUAUAAUGAAAUUUAUGAGGAAAACAAAUUGGAACGAGAAAAGAAGCAUUUGCUUUAUCAGAUGAAGAAAAAACAAAUGCUAGGAACUGAAAAGGGCCAAGAAAUGGCUCCUCACUCUUCUUCAUCUCAACAUAAUUACAACGAAAAAGAGGAUAAUUUAACACAGGAUCAAGAUGAAAAUACUGUGAAAGUUAAUGUGGGAAUUAGUUUUGAAUUGAGUGGUGUUUUGGUAAAACAAGCAAAUGUGGUAAAUCAAAAAGGAACCGUCUUGAAAUGGCAAGCCCCACCUGAAUGUAGAUUACCUGAUGUGAAAUGGAUGAUGUUCGAAAUGAAGGACGACAAAGCUGAAGGAGAACCUGUUUUACUUUACAAACAAAAAGCUUGGCUGUUUGGUAGAGACAGUGACGUUGCAGACAUUCCAACAUUAAAUCCAUCCUGCAGCAAGCAACAUGCAGUGAUAUGUUUUCGGUUUACUACUGGUGGCACUGACGACAAAAGAGCUCGCUAUACAGGACAAUCAAUGGGUUCAACAAAACCAUUUAUCAUCGACCUGCAAAGUACAAAUGGAACUUUUGUCAAUGGGGAAAGAAUACCAGAUUCGAGCUAUUAUGAGUUAAGAGAAUUUGAUCUUAUUAGAUUUGGAACGAGCUCAAGAGAAUACAUGAUACUUCACGAAAAAUCAGAGGCCCAAUAG